UAACGCAGCUUUGCACCGAAGAUACACACACGCACAUUAAUACCCAUAGACUUUCACACUUUUUCCCCAAGGGAUCAAAAACAUAAUAACUUUCCUUUAAGAUAAAGAACGGCUGAGAAUUUCAGAACAACACAAUUUUGGGAUGUCUCGACUUGAUCUGUUGAUCUCCUUUAUGGAUCGCUUGGAAUCCAAGUCAAACGCCUUGUUGCAAACAGCGAGAGAUACAAGUUCAUUAGUUCAUCUGGCAUCCAAACUUCAUAACAAAAUCAUUCAUGCUGAUGAAACUAUAGGUACUUUAAAUCAUGCUAUUUCAGAAAAUUAUUCUUGUCUUCACAAGUUGGACCAACUACACGAGAAGACAUUUUUCUUGGAAUCUUCCUUACCAUCUAAUGAUACCCUUACUUCUGAAACAACAUGGUCAAAUUUGAAUACUGAGUAUAAAUAUAUCUUGACUCAAUGUAAAACUUUGAGGGCCAAUGUCUCCAAUAAGUUUGAAGAAGAAGAAGAAGAAGAAGUAGGAUCCCUCCAUGAUUAUAAUAACAAUAACAAUAACAAUAAUAAUACUCCCAAAGAUUUCAAGAGUCUUAAAAACUCCAUAUCAGUGUCUGAUAUACGAUUGAAACCAAUCCGAUGUCGAAGUAAAAAAAUGUACAAGAAGAAAUCAAAAUAUAGAAUUUCAAGCAUUUAUAACAUCAACCCCUUAGCAUAUAGCCCAGUGAUGGAAGUUCCGAAUAGCGAUAUAGAGAAGUAUAGUCCAUUCCCACCUCAACUGGGAACUUUUGACGACAGUGAGUGUUUAGGAUUCAAGAACAAUGAAGAACUGACAGUGUGCACCUCACCAUCAAGGUCAAUGCAAUUCUUUACCACUCCUAGGAAUAGAUCUAAUUCUGUACCAGAAACUCAUUUAACUUAUCCAAGUAGAGAUUCGGUUAGUGGGCUAAACAUCUUUAAUGUGGACUCAUCAAUGAAAUCAACAAAUAUCUUGAAUAAUUUCCAAGAACAGGAUAGUGAUACUUUAAGAUUAAAUAGAUUGAAACAUUUCAUAUCUUGUGAUAGAGGUUUAAAUAGUGUUACUGGUCCUUCACAACUUCCUCCAUCACAACUUGCACCACUUUCUACGGUAAAUUCUCCAGAGUUUUCAUGUCAAGCAUUCAAUAAGACCCCCACAUUUACUCCUGUUGACGGGAAAAAUGAUAUCGAUAAUAUUUCAAUAUGUUCUGAUUUAUCAUAUUACUCACCUGAAAAAUAUGAUACUAAACUUGAAGAAGAUGAUUUUGAAAAGUAUCUAAGGAAAUCUCGUAUUGAUCUAAGAGAAGUACUACCAAAUCUAGUUAAGAGAUCCACUUCACAUGAAAGUGUACUUUCAAAUCAUAUUACAGUACAAGAAAAGCACAGAUUUCACAACCCUAUCGAUAAUAUUACUCUUUCUUCACUGAUGAAAGUCCCAGCUCCAACACUACAGGUUAGUGAUGACUAUAUAUACUACCGUGGUACCGAGUCGUCGCAAAAGGAUGUUACGAAGGAUCAUAACACUAAAGACUUAUUAAAUCAAGUCAUGCUGCUGCAACAACCACAAAUACCACCAACUGAUACAAUUCUGAAUAUUAAUUCUUCCCCUAAAAAGGUCUCCUUUUCAUUAUUCAACUUUAAUUCAUCGUCAUCCGCACCUAAUUUGAGUACGCCGCCGACAAGCAUAUCCUUUUCAGAUAGUUUGAUGAGCUUUGUUCAUUCGACUCCUGAGAAGAAGAAAAAGCUUAAAAAGCCAGAACCUCCACAACCUGAGUCAAGACAUGUGGAAAUUUCAAAAACAAAACCCAUCACGAUAGAAAAUACGAGCCACAUGAGAAGAAUCCCUCCUGCUAGAAGUGAGAGAACAGAUGGAUUUCAUUCCAAAUUAACUAUCGGACCUAAUAAGACUCGAAUAUUGAACCAUGGAGAACUGUCUUACUUCAGAAAACCCUUGGUCAGUAAGGUCAGUCAUAACUCCUUACAUGAAGCAUUGUCUUAUAGCAUUAUGGAUUGAACUACGGUUAACCCCAAUGAAAACUCGAAGUCCUUCCAUUUACCAUUCAUAUUUAUUGUAAUUAUUAUAUUAAAAUGUAUAUUAGUUUUUUUCUAUGCUAGGGUUGUGUUAUGAAA